AUGGGAAAUAAUUGCAAUUGCAUUGGAAAAACAUUUGAUGAAAAUGUCUGUUAAACAUAAGAUUCCAAUGGAAGUGUUAGAAUACAAGCAUAUCCCAAUAGAAAAAUAUUUGAUGAUCACUUAUCUAGUCGUCGCUUUACUUUGGAACCCAUCAAGAGUAGUAGUUCUAUCGCUCAACUAAGAAGUGAAUCAACUAAAAGAAGUGCUAAUGUUCAUAAUCAUGAAAAUUUUUCAUUAGCUACUGAAGCCGUAACAGUUUAAUCUGGACAAUAAAACCCUAUUACUUUUAGCAUAUUUUAAUCUUCUCCCCCUCGCAGAUAAAAUGAACACACUAAAAGUAUAAAUAGCAAUUGCAGUCCUAUUAACUCUAAUAGAAAAAGAUCAAGCAAAAUAUUCAGUAAUCCUUAAUCUACUGCUAUUCAAACUCCAUGCUCUUCUAGAAAUUAAACUAUACAUGAGAAUUAUACUCCUAAUAUUCAAACCUAAGAUAAAAUUCUUUUAGAUGUUAAUCAUAAUCAUCUUGCUCCACCUAAUUUAGAAAAAGCUGAGUGGAGUCUUAGCCCUGUAAUAUCUCCAAGAAGUAAAUUCUUCUCAAACAAAGCAGCUCCAAUUUAAAAAACAUUCGAUGGAGUAUAAUGCGAUAUGUCAGAGGUGAUUGAUUUCAAAUAACAACAAGCUGAUUAGAAUGAUAACAAAUCAAGCUUUACAACAAAUGUUUUUGAAAUAGAGUUUACUUAAAAUUCUGAACUUGAAAUUGCUUUCAAAGAGCUUGAGAACAAGUAAAAAUUUACAUUGAAUCACUUUGCAAAGAUAACAGAAUUAACUUUAGAAGAUGAUGAAGAAGAUACUUCAAGAGCUAAGGAAUAAAAGCUUUACACUUCUACUAUAAGAGAAUAGACUUCUCUUACCUACAGCGAUAGCUCCAUCUGCAAUAUAUCCUCCUUAACACCAGAGUAAAUGCAAAUUGUAAAAAGCAAAUACUAAUAAUUUGAGAGUAGUAAUUCUGAUAAAUCAACUUAGAUAUUUGAUAACUAAAGCUAUAAUUAUGCUAUUAAGAUCAUUAAUUCAAGAGAUUAAGUUUUUUCUCCAUAAAGAUUGAGCACAGUUAGAGCAUCUGACAGUAUAUUAAGUGAAACAAUAAAGAGAAAUUCCAAUCCUAAAAAUAACAGCAAUUUAGUAAUCGCAUGA